AUGCUCUUCGACAGGCAGGGCCCAAACGGUUCUCUGAGAAUUUGGGUGGGUGUCAAAGACCUUCUCAUUUGGAGGCAGCAGUACAUGCACGAGAAAGGUGUCUCGAUGCAGGGUGAGUCCAAGAAGAAGGCUACGGACCAAGACGUGGACAAGUACCGCUCGGAGUUGUUGAGCAAGCACGGCACGGCAACCAGCAUGGGAUUCUCAGCAGUCGCUCAGGCUUUGGCAGUGAACGGCGAAGCUGCCUUCACUGAGCGGGGCGGCUUUCUUCUGGACGUGCUGGAGCUGCAGCCGGACGCCGACGUCACGGACAGCGAAAGCAAGGCAGACGGUGACAAGGACACCGCCGAGCCCAGCCCGAAGAAGCCGAAGCUUUGGGUUGAUCGUGACAGGUUGGUAUCCUCCACUAUCCGAACGGUGAAGCACCAGUACGAGCAGUUCAAGCAGAAGGCCGACGAACAGCUCAUCAAGCAGAAGGAGUUCUUGGAAUCGUUCGAGCGCGACUCCGACGACAACGUGAAGGAGCUGUUCAAAGGCGAGCUGGGCACAUUGCGCACGAGGCUGGAAGGCCUGCAAGUCUGCCUUCAAGAUGAAGAGGUGCCGGUGAAGCAGUUCAUUGGCAAGUUUGGACUUCCAGACUCCCCGGCGCCUCCUUGUGAAGAUUACGACAAGCUCCAGCCCCUCCGCGUGUUCUUGAAUGUCGUGGAGGAUUACAACAGGUGCCAGCAGCCAGAGCAGCUGAAGGACGUGUCCGAGAAGCUGGGAACGAUUCGUGCCCCCAUCAGCCAGCUGCUCGCAGGAGCUUUGCGGGCAGAGAAGGCUCUCAAGGCAUCCGUGGACAAGGCGAAGAAAAUGAGCGAGAAGGCGUCUCAGAAGGCCAUGAAGGCGAAGGUGGCCGAUCCUCCGACAGCUACCCUGCCAUUGUUCGACCAGGGCAUCAGCCAUGCAACCCCGAUCCUUCAGCAUAAGCUCGAAGACUUGACUAGAGCCGAGAACCCCACGGAGCUGGACUUGAGCCGCCCCUUCAUCGUGCGUGUCGAGGACUGGGUGGCGUCCGCGUUGCAGGAGAAGUCAGCCCUGCGAGUGGCCGUGGAUGACUUCAAGACUCAGUUUGAUCUCAUGAGGGCCCAGCAGAAAGGAUCAAGAGCAUCCAAGGCUUUGAACUUGGAUGCUGCAGCUGUUGGCUUCGACUUCGGUUUGGAGGUAGCCAAGAUGUUCAAACGUGGCAGUGUUGUUGACAAGGAUGCUCUUGCAGCAUGUCUCCAGCAGCAGAUCAUGUUGUCUGUCUUUGGGAUCGAUGCAACGUAUGACAAGGUUUCCUCAGAGUGUGCAGGCAUGGCAUGUGUGAGAUUUAACAUCGCUGGCACCCGAUGCGUCAUGAUCACCUGUGCUGUUCAGCUUGUGGGCUACAUGCAGCGGAAAGGAGUGGAGGGCAUCAUCACAACCUCCAGGAUGUCAGGCUUCUUCCGAAGCCUGGGGCUUUCUGCUAUCGCCGACUACAAAGCUUCCUGCUCCUUGGAAACGGCCACCGUUGGGCCGGGGGACGCCUUGUACUUGCCCCCAGGUGCCAUUGUUGCAGAGUUGUGCCACACGUGCAACAUCGGUUUGAGGUGGCCAAUCAUUGUUCAUGGAAGCGCGAGUGCCAGCGUUGGCUUAGCCUUCCAACGACGGCAUGAAGAGUUGGAGAAGCUGAAAGGCAUGACGGACAAGGAGAGCUUGAAAGCGAGUUUGGCCAGCGAGGCUGAAGUGGUCGCUGCGAUAGUGGAUGCCAUGUCGAAAAAACAUGCUGAUCCGCCUGCUACCAGCGGAUCUGUUGACGUUGCUCAGGUCCCGCUGCCGCCUGCUUUGGAAUCUUCCGAGUCGAAAGAGCCAGAGAAGAUUGAACCGCCAGCGGCAGAGCCCAAAGAAUCCUCGCCUGGCGGUGAAGCCCGGUCCUAG